AUGGCACCCUCAACCAACCCACAAGAUCAGGGCCAGUCGGACUCUCAACCUCCGACGGUCGCUGCCUUCUCCCCAACCACGAUCACCGGCUCAGCCCUGACCUCGCGCCAACGCUCCAGUGUGAUCGUGCAUCGCAAAUCACCUCUCCUAGUGGCCACACCCCCGGCCAUCACUCGCGCUCUAGCCUACUCCCACCCGUUCCUACUUCCACUAAAUAAAUUCGCAGGUCUCCUAACAUGGACAUCUGGAGACCCUUGGCAGAGCUUUCUGCUGGUGGCUACCUUUUGGACUAUCGUGCUAUAUAGCGAUGCUAUCAUUCUUUGGGCAGGACCGAUCCUGGUCGUGGUCGCGUUGAUCCUCGGCAUGUAUGGACGCCGUUACUCGCCGCUCUCAUCAACUACAUCAACAGGCGAAAAGCACAAGACCAAAGUUGCCCCAGAUAUUUCCCUACGUCAUCAAAAGAGUCUCGAUGAAAUUGUCGAAACCCUUCGCAUCUUCACAACCAGAUGCAAUAUCCUCCUAGAGCCUCUACUCGACCUCACCGACUUCCUAUCCACCCAGCGCACUCCUACAUCGGCGACUACCAAACCCGCCCUGACAGCUCUGUUCAUCCGCAUCCUCCUAGUCACUCCUGUCUGGAUCGGUCUGACUCUACCUCCAUUCUACAUCCUCACCACGCGCCGCAUCGUCAUGGCUGUCGGCACUAUCGUUUUGACUUACCAUUCCCGACCCGCUAGAGUCUCGCGUGUCAUUCUGUGGCGGUCUCGAGCCGUUCGUCGGCUCUGUGCCGCAGCCACGGGACUCUCCGUUGCCGAUACCCCGAGCAGCCCACAAAAGGCUCCGGCUCAAGCCCAGGGCCAAAAGCAAGGCUUAAACAUUUCAACUCGGCGGCGCGGAAACAACGCGGGUGUACGGUUCACGUUUGUUGUCUAUGAGAACCAGCGCCGCUGGUUGGGUAUCGGGUGGACUUACUCGUUGUUCCCGGCAGAACGUCCUGCCUGGACAGACGAGCAUAUGAACCCAGUGAAUCCCAAAGAUUCUUUCGAGCUACCAGAUGUUCAAACGGGAGAUGCCAAAUGGCGCUGGGUGGAGGGAAGUGAAUGGCGCAUCGAAGGAGCGGACAACUUCAAUGGAAAAUCAGACUCGAAGGGGUCAACUGGCGAAGGAUGGAUCUACUAUGAUAAUAAGUGGAAUGAGGGUCGCCGCGGGCAAGACGGAUGGGAUCGCUACACCCGUCGACGCAAGUGGUACCGUGACGCUGAAUUAGCGGAUGUCUCACCUCCAGGCACCCAGAACGUCUCCGAGGAAACCAUUUCCGGGCUCACACAGGCCCUGGAAAGGGAAAAAGAACGAGAGAAUGAUGAUGACGCCGACGCACAAAGCAUCGCGCCAUCCAACUCUUCCAAGUCCCAUCGUCGGCGCUGGUUCAGCGGUACCAAGGAUAAAGACCAGACUUCCGCUGGCGGGCCCACUGACAGUGGGCGUGCCACGGGCUCAAAUGCCUCUGGCGCAGCCGAUAGAGUAGACGCGUCGCGGCCCAUCAGCAUCAAGAAUUCCCGCAGACCGUCUCAUGCUCGCGAAGGCAGUGUGGCAACUAGUGACAGCGCCAGUUUACGCGAGAAGGAGAUGGCGAACUCGCAAGAUCAUCUCGACCGGUGGUCAACUCGAGCUGCGGGUGGGACGGAAAGGGCGGAAAGAGAAUUGGGGCUUAGCGAUGAGGUGAAUAUGGGGCUGAGUUGA